AAGAAAAUGCCGGCCCUUUCCGGUAGUGACCUGGCACCGUCGUCGGCGGAGGCGGUGACUAGGACUCUUCGAUCGUCAAAUGAGAGCCCUAUGCAACGGCUUAGUUUUGCGCAAGAUCUCUGGAAUUCUAAGCAUAUUUUCAUUCCUGGAAAGGACGAACUUUUACUUGAUUGGAUAGUUUCAGAGCUGUUCAAUGCUACAAAGGGGAAAAGCUGCAAGUUUGGAGAAAGUCCUCACUUGAAUUACGGGCAUUGGCAGUUUCUUUGCACCUUGCUAGAUCACUUUACGGCAAUAAAGCGUCGAUAUGAAUCCGGCGGUGCGUGGACGAAAACUGGAAGCUCCAAAAACAAAGUUGCUCGGACUCCUUCAGUAAAGGCGAGGGUGGGAGAUAUCUUUGUGGUUGUUUUGAACGACGUGUCAGAUUCUCUAUCUGAGCGUAUCAAUAAACAUGCUCCGAAUGAUCUCCUUGCCAUUGAGAGCUUGACACGGAUCACUUGCGAAUGUUUCCGCAGGCUUACCGCGGACCUGAACGAGAUUCUACGCCCGACCCUGGAGCUCUAUGUUACACUCACGGACUCUGCUGUCCGCUUCUUCGAUAUUGCGUCCUCCUCAGACAUCUCCAUCGCUGCCGCAUCUGGCCAGUUUCUCCAAAUAGUUCUGUACCACUUGCAAAAGAUCUCCCAGCAGUCUCCCAAUAGAAAAAAGACAUUCAGCAUCACCGUGAGCAAACUUUUCCUUCCCAUCCUUACCCUACGAUAUUCUCUGAAGACCUCACCGGCAAAAUCGUCGCCUGAGGGCUUUGAGCACCAUUUUGAGGUUCUCGUGAAGGACCUUCUGCAGCACAACCUCUUUCAUCGCGAACAUAUGCAGGAGUUUGCCAAUGUGCUACAUCACCUAGAGGGGAAAGCGUCAGUUACCGGAGCUGAAAAAGCAGGCUAUCCAAAACAAUUUUUGGAACUUUUGCGAGGCUCCCUUGCUACAGGAGCAGGCGUACAAUUUAGAGCAGUCCUGAACUCCUUGCCUUUCAUAUAUGAGCUAUUCAUUCAGAGUUCUCAGGAAUUGACAAAGAGGCGGCCAUUAUCCACUGAGCCUACUUUUCCUCUCUUCCUCGAGUUUCACCAAACAUUAUCAGAUUUGAUGAAGCGAAUGUUAGAGACGGGAACUGACGUGUCAAUGAGAACCGCUCAGAACGUGUUGGACGUUCUCGUGGAUUUGUUGAAUCUUGUGCAGCGCUCUGACAUCUAUCGUCCGACCAACGAUGAAACAUCUAAAAAGCAGCUCCAGUUUUUUGAGCAGCUGAAUCGGUUUUUUCUCGACCUGGGUGGCACACUUCCAUCGACCUGCCACAGCAGGAUUAUUCAAGGCUGGCAUUGUCUGUUGCUUUUAGACUACACCAUCAUUGAAUCACAUCUGGCGGAGGUGUGGCCUUUCAUUUUGACGCCUGUAGCAGCAGCAACAUUGCAGGCGGAAUUAUUCACCCGCGAGUUACUACGAACAUUUACAAAAUGCAGGCGCUUAGAUUACCUGAUCGAAAAGUACCUGGAAGCUUUGCGGCAUGUUCAGCUAACACGGGGGGCCAACGUCACAAAUCAAGCCAUUUUCUACUCCACUUCUUGUUUAUCGGAGUUUGCCGCAUGCAUUGAAAAGCUCUUACCCGCGCAGGCCAUUGCACUAAUGCAGUUACUUCGCAAAGAGCUGGAGGAACACUGCCUUCAACCACAGGCAACAGGACGAUCAGCCAAGAGGCAGAAGCGUGAGAAGGAUCCUGCGCGAGGAAAAAGCCGUGACUUUCAUCUAUCGGCAGAGCUGCCUGUUAUACUCCUCUCACUUUUACUGGAAAAUGCACACAUCUCCCAAGGCCAGCAAAAGGCGUUCGAGGAACUCAUCGGAGAGUUGCAAGCCAAUUUCAUUGAUCCGGUCCUCGCUCGAUGCGACGCGGGGAGGAAGCUGGAGCUGCCCGAAACGGAUGCGCUUUUGCUACCAGCGCUUUCACUGAAGCUUGCCUUAUUGAGAGCUUCCCCGGCGUAUUGGGCCAUGCAUGUGACAACAGUCUCCAUUGAUCGCAUGCUUGGACUUCUGCGGAGAAUUUCGCUGAGUGAUCCGAAAGUGGCCUAUUUACAGAAUGAAAUUGUGCUCUCCCACAUCGAGCGCAUCGCGAGUACUACCGUAGAUCCUCGCCAAGAUACGAACUGUGUGCGAAUGAUGACUGAUGUUUUGAGCAACCUGAGCUUGCGAGCCUACGACCUUGCUACGACAUGGGAUAUGCGGCUCAAAUCGUUGACAAGUGCCAAUCAAAUUGUUGGCUCCUGGUCGAUGAUUGCGAACCAUCUCGUGCCUAUCAGUCGUUUGGCGGAAAGAUCCCAGCUUGAGGACAUCGUCCGGCUGCUGAUCGACAGCAUUGAAAAGAGUCCUAUUGAAGCCGUGUCACGAGAGGGCACGCUGAUAGCCGUUACCAAGCACCUACUGAGUAGCACGGUUUUUUACGAGCUGAAACCCGUUCGCGAUGCAUUCGUUCCUGUUCUCUUGCAGCAUCUGGGACAAGCCGUUACCGCAGGGAUUAUGUCACCGUCCUCGCUAAACAGUCAGGAGAUCUCGAUUCUCUUGGAUUUAACCAACCCUGCAGAUGCCGAAGCUAAGAUGAAUGCCUAUCAGCGGCUUGGGGAAUUAUUUGAGGACAGUGCAUGUGCCCAGCCUCAUCUCAGUCCCGACUCUCUACCUCGAGUUCUAAGGCUGUUGGAUACUUUGCAUACACUGCCAACUGCUUAUUUCUCACAGACGGAGAGGGACAUGAUAGUUGGUACACUGCUUGUUAUGGAAAGGCUGUUUUAUAAGUCGCUUUCCGCGGACACGGAUAACUUGGACCGGCGGGUAAACGGGCUACGACUUGCCGCUCUCACUCGGAAAAUUGGGCUACGUCUAAUGCUCAGUCGGCAAAACAAGCUCUUGACUUUUCUAUCACCUGCGAUUAUGGAAUGGUACCUCGUGUCCUUGGACCAGUAUGAGCAGUGGCAAGAUGCUGAAACGACCGCGACAUUAUCCUACAAUGAUAUGAUCGUUGCUGCGACAUAUGAGAUUCAAGAGCUAACCUGCCGAAAACUGCUCCAACGACUUGCCGAUACCUCACCGAAAGAUGCUGGCGCGACUCCUGGAGAACAUGUCAAAAGGUUGCUUGCGUUCGUGCAAGAUUAUUGCCCGAAGUCGUAUAGCAUCAAUCGUUUUCGACCAGCAAAUGCGUUAGCGAAAUCCAUUACUGCUUGGACUGAAUCUCGUCCUGAACGGUUACACUCGCUAAAUACCUGCUGCGAAGGCCUGGGUGAUGCGGUGAAUGACUUCGUUGAGCGAUUGCAAGCGAUGGUUUGCCAUAAUCUGCAGGACUUCACUUUGGAUGGGGAGACCAUGCAGCAAGAUUGCACUGAGAUUGUAAAUGAGCGUAGUUGCAAGGAGGCACAGUUUGCUUUUGAAGUAUACUGCCAUCUAUUGAGGUUCUAUAAAUUUGGAGGAGAUGGGGCCAAGUACUCAAAUGGCUUGGUGUUUCUGGCCGGUCUCGUUACCGGAAGUAUUCGCCUUAUUUGCGACAUCUCCAGGACUGGAAAUAGGCUUGAUGGACAACACAAAGCCUUGCCCCAUUUAGCGUCACUUUGUGCCGAUUUCGUCGCCGCCUUUGCCGCUAAUUUCAGGGAUAUUACACCAGCUGUUGAAGCAAACUCGAUGCGAAACCUUGUGACGUUGAUGUGGUAUAUCAUGCAAAUCAAUUCUCAGGAUGCACAGUCCGCCACCCUAGAAAGUGAAUGUGCUAAGAAGAUGACAUCGGCCUUGUCAUCGUUGGUGCGUGACACGUCGCAAAAGCAAUAUACGGAGCUGCUGGCAUGCCAUUUGGAUCGCCUGGAGGGUGAGCCAGCGUCGCUAGCAGUUUCGAUCGAGAAAAAUACCCUGCCAUCACGAUAUGAAGAUACGACCUUGCUGGUGAGAUGCCUGUCUUUGGUGAUCAAUGGGGACAAUAGAGAAGUCGGAAGGGGCCUUGUUCGUAAAGAGCUCCCCCGUAUUUUAGUGAAACUCAGCCAGAUAAUACAAGUCACCACCUCAGUAGAAACUGCUUUGGAGAUACUGCAACUACUGACGCAAAUUGUUGCCGAUAAGUUUUUGAGUUUGCGGCAUUCAGAUGUAGCGUUGAUUCUCCAUUCGGUUGCUGCUGUUAUUUCUACUUCCUCCCCGUUACAGACGACCAUGCCUCCGGUUACCGUUGAUGCUACCCAUCCAGAAAGUGUGGGUCCACCCGAGGCAUUGCAGUUAUUUGAUGCAGUUUAUCGAUUGCUACUUGGACUACUGCGAUCACGCAAAGACCUUGUAGUGGAAGUCAUACCGUGCUUCACAGGCGUUUUGAAGGAACUUUUUGCUUGCUUCCGGAUCCGACCCCGCAUCGAUGCACCUGCACCACGACUGAAUCGUAAUUCGACAAAUAGUGCGCACAAAUUCCCGUCACAGUUUGAAACACCAUCUCUACUGGCCCGAUACGCUCCAUUACCCGUCACUUGUGCUGAGAACUUGUCCCGACUAUUGGUGGCUAUCGGUCAAAAGGCUCUCACCAGGAAGCACGCGGCAGGAAACCGCACUGAUGGUGGUAUAACGAUGACAACAAUGGGAACGUCAGCCUCCACCACUGUCAAGCCCUUUUCUAAACACGUUCCGUUCCUGCUCUCCACCAUUGUUCACAUUCAGUCCUCCGCUCGCCCUUUCACACCAGCCGCCAAAUCCGCGUUAAUGGAAGGGGUGUAUGCACUUCUGGACUUGUGCGGAGACCACGGAAGGGAUGCUGUACUGGCUGGCCUCGAUGCCCACGGCGGAGGACGACCAUUGUUCAAGGCACUGGUAGGCGAUUGGGAGAAGUACCAUAGAUUUACGGGUAAAGUGUAAAUAGCAUGGUAAAUCAAGUAGUGCAAAGGAACUACAGAAUUUAGUUUCGAAAGUAGUGAAAUGGAACUUUCAGAAUUUAGAUUCGAGAGACAUGAAACUUGUUACAAUAUAUAUAGUACAAUUGCACCUUCUAAGGAAAACACAAUAAUUGCGGUAUAG